UCCAAACCAAAUCAAGAAAUUAAAGAGAAAAAUGAAAAUGCAAUUCCUCCUUUCGCUUCUGCUUCUGUGCCUCCUCCACGUCCAUCCAACCCUCUCUGGCAGAUACCUCCUCCUGGAACACAAAGCCCUCCUCUCCGUCAAAUCCUCCAUCACUGAUGACCCACAAUCAGCUCUUUCUACGUGGAAUGCCUCCACUAGCCACUGCAACUGGGAGGGUAUCACGUGCCACCCUUCCCGUCGCCGCGUGACCGCCCUCAAGCUGGUUCACCUUCAACUCUCUGGUACUCUCUCCCCGGACCUAGCUCAUCUCAGUUUCCUGUCCGAACUCUCUUUCUCCCUCAAUCAGCUCUCCGGGGCCAUCCCCACCGAGCUCUCUUCCCUCUCUGCCCUCCGCAUCCUCAAUCUCUCAAAUAAUGAAUUCAACGGUAGCUUCCCCUCCCAGCUCUCCCUCCUCAAGAACCUUCAGGUUUUGGAUCUCUCUCACAAUCGCAUGACAGGUGACUUGCCCUUGGCCGUCACCCAAAUGCCCGACUUGCGCCAUUUGAAUCUAGGUGGUAACGACUUCUCAGGUCGGAUAACGUCCCAGUUCGGGCAAUGGAAAUUCUUGGAAUUCUUGGAUGUAUCCAGUAACAGUCUCGGAGGUCCUAUACCGUUGGAGAUUGGAAACUUGACCAACCUCAGGGAGCUCUACAUUGGAUACAAUAUGUACGAAGGUGGCAUACCUUCGGAGAUCUGGAACCUAUCGGAACUAGUUCAUUUCGAAGCCAGCAACUGUAUUAACUUAUCCGGCGAGAUACCACCGGAGAUCGGGAACUUGGUGAGCUUGAAAUCCUUGGACUUGUCGAAUAACGUUUUUACAGGGGAGAUUCCAGCGUCGUUUGCCGAGCUGAAGAGCAUGAGGCUGCUGCAAUUGUCUGAAAACAAACUUCACGGCGCUAUUCCUGAGUUUAUUUGCGACAUGCCGGAGCUGGAGGAGUUGCAAUUGGGGGAGAACAACUUUACCGGGAUCAUUCCUCAGAGGCUGGGAAAGAAUGGGAAGCUUCAGCUUCUUGAUCUUUCAUCGAAUAAACUGACUGGUACUCUGCCUCCUUAUAUGUGUUUUGGGAAUCGGCUUGAGACUCUGAAUACUGAGGAAAAUUUAUUGGUCGGGCCAAUCCCGGACUCACUCGGGAGGUGCGAGUCGCUGUUUAAGAUCCGAAUGGGGCACAACCUUCUCAACGGUUCAAUGCCAGGAGACCUUUUCGGUUUGCCCAAUCUCAGCAUCGUGAGGCUGCAGAAUAACUGUCUGAACGGGAAGUUUCCCAUUUCCUCGAGAAACGAUUCUAAAUUAAUUUGGUUAGAUAUUUCUGACAACAAGAUUCAUGGGGAGCUACCGAGUUGGAUCUGGAGACUUCCCCAUCUUCAGUUUUUGAAUCUUUCUCAUAAUUGUCUAGAGACUCUAGAUGUGAAUUUAAACUCUCAGACUUCCCAAACCAGGUUUAAUAUCCUAGACCUUCACUCCAACCAGCUCCGAGGGCAACUUUCAACUCUCCCACUGCAUUUUCGACCCAUAAUCAAAUACAGUUUCACCAUAGUUUCAAGGAAUAAAUUUGACGACACUACUACUCCUCUGGUUCUGGGGACUAUGACCGCUGUUUUCUUGUCUAGGAAUAAAUUCGACGGGAAUAUUCCUACGUCACUGUGCAAUGCUACAUUCUAUGCUAUAGACUUGUCCCAUAAUCGCUUGAAUGGCACGAUUCCCCAAUGCUUAAUUGAAAUGAGACUUCUACAGGUGAUGGAUUUAGGGGGAAACAAUCUUACUGGCGUAAUUCCUGAUUCCUUUCCAGACUACUGUCGUUUACAAUCUUUGUUUCUGAAUGGAAAUCAACUAGAAGGAGAGCUACCAAAAUCCAUGGCCAAGUGCAAUAAAACGUUGGAGGUUUUGGACAUCGGGAACAACCGCAUUCAGGAUACCUUCCCAUGCUAUUUGAAGAACAUAGACACAUUGCGAGUCCUUAUUUUGCGAUCUAACGAAUUUUAUGGGUCUAUUAAUUGUCUAGACGCUUAUACCACCUGGUCCAACCUUCAAAUUUUAGACCUGGCCUCAAACCAUUUUGUUGGUAAGUUUCCAAUACGUUACUUUUCUAGCUGGAAGGCAAUGAUGGGAACCGAAAAUUCUGAGUUUGAACAUCUGCGAUAUGAUAUAACGCCAGAUCUCGCCUAUCAAAUUAUGGUAACAGUUACAUUAAAAGAUCUAGUAUUGUUGUUGGAGAAGGUCCUAACUAUCUUCACCUCACUUGACCUGUCAUGCAACAGUUUGGACGGACAUAUACCUGCAGAAAUAGGAGAAUUCAAAGCCCUAUAUGCCCUCAACUUAUCUCACAAUUGUUUUUCAGGUCAAAUCCCACAAGCUUUAGGAAAGUUGACUAGUCUUGAGUCACUAGACUUGUCUAGCAACAAGCUUAUUGGAGAGAUUCCUCUCCAACUUGCAGAUGGUCUUAUUUUCCUAUCAUACCUUAACCUUUCGUUCAAUCAAUUGGUGGGAAAGAUUCCACAGAUCAAGCAAUUUACUACAUUUACAGAAAGUUCAUUUGAAGGAAAUAUACGAUUAUGUGACUUUCCCAUGAAAGAAAAAUGCAUACCUGAAGAAUUGGGACCGUCACCUCCUCCAGCUAAAGAAUCUCACUGGAAUUCAAUUGAUUGGGACUUCUUAAGUGUUGAAUUGGGAUUUGUUUUCGGCUUCGGGAUUUUUAUUGGACCUCUUAUAUUUUCGAAGAGGUGGAGGAAACGCUACUAUAAACAUGUCGACGACAUUGUUUUUAAGAUGUUCCCUCGGACAUACAUAAGAAUAGAGAAUCAUCGAAGGCGAGCACACAGGAAUCAAGGACGACAAGGACGAAGGAAUCAAGGUAGGAGGGAUUAGUGAUAGAUACGAGGAGCAAUGCUAGUCAAUGAUGUCAGAUUCUCAAGGUGAAGGUGCAACAUUGAAGUUUCUUUUAUGUCUGAACGGCCGCCUUCUAUUUGGGAUCAAGUGACAAUCUAUAGUAGAAAGAUGCCCCAAUAAAUGGACUCUGUGUUUCUUUGUAUUACAUAUCAGGCCAUGCCUUGUUUAAUUUAGUGUAUUUUGCAGUGUUUUAAUUUCCGGUGAUGGGCUGAUUUUGUUGAAUUAUACGUGGAAUUGUGAAUGCGAAUUGUGGAAUUUUUGGUGAUAGAUAAUUAUUAUUAUCAAAUUAGAAGAAAAAAUAUUAUUAAAUUAAUAAUAUUUUAUCAAGUCGGUGAAGUCUACACACAUCUUCCACUUGCCAUUCAACUUUUGUACUAAGACCACAUUGGAAAGCCAUUUCGGGUAAUGGGCUUCCUAAAUGAAUCUCG